UCAGGAGAGAGGAAGGAGGUGUAUAAAAGCUGGCUCCUGCUGCCUGCUCUAACACAAAGCACACUGGGUCUUCACAAACACACACACACACACACACACACACACACACACACAACACACACUGAGUGUUACCGGAGCAGAACAACUUCAUGUAACCUUCCUCUGGAGUUGUUCACUAUAUAAAAGUGGAUUCCGGACAUAAGAUUUGAUGUGAAACACCUGCACCUGCUCACGAGUCACUGUUUUGGACCUUGUUCUAAUCAACAUCAUCAUCACGAUGAUGAUAUGCAUCGCUUUGAUCUGGGGAGUUGUUGUAGGAUUUUGCUGCCUCCUUUGGCUUGCUUUGGGGAUUCGGCGCAGAAAACCAGGUGAACCUGCGGUGGAAAAUGGUUUCAUCCCCUACCUGGGCUGUGCUCUGCAGUUUGGGGCCAACCCUCUUCGGUUCCUCCACAGCCGUCAGAAGAAGCACGGCCAGAUUUUUACCUGCAAGAUCGCAGGCCAGUACAUCCACUUCCUGUGUGAUCCCUUCUCUUACCAUACAGUCAUCAGGCAGGGGAGACACCUCGACUGGAAGAAGUUCCACUUUUCUAUAUCUGUUAAGGCCUUUGGUCACGAAAGCUUUGACCCUCAGCAUGGUUACACCACAGAAAACCUCCACCAAACCUUUAUGAAGACCCUGCAGGGGGAAGCUCUGACUUCUCUGAUAGAGAAUAUGAUGGGACACUUACAGGAUGUCAUGCUGAAGUCAGACACUCUGGGCUCCAACAAAGACCACUGGCAGGUGGAUGGUAUCUUUGCUUUUUGCUACAAGGUUAUGUUUGAAUCUGGCUACCUGACGCUGUUUGGUAAGGAGCUGGGAGAUGACAAGUGUCAGGCUCAUCAGGAAGCACAAAAAGCCCUGGUCCUCAAUACUUUGGAGAACUUCAAAGAGUUUGAUAAGAUUUUUCCAGCACUGGUGGCUGGCCUGCCCAUCCACGUCUUCAAGAGUGCCCACAGUGCAAGAGAGAAUCUAGCAAAGACAAUGUAUGCUGAAAACCUGUCCAAGAGGCACAACAUGUCUGAUCUGAUCUCCAUGAGGAUGAUCCUGAACGAUUCCUUAUCCACUUUCAAUGACGUGAGCAAAGCUAGGACCCAUGUGGCCCUGCUGUGGGCCUCACAGGCCAACACUCUGCCUGCUACCUUCUGGAGCCUCUUCUAUAUGAUCAGGAGUCCUGGUGCUUUAAAAGCAGCCUAUACAGAAGUUCAGACGGUUCUGAAGGACUUGGGUUUGACUGCCGACCCCGAUGGACCCAUGCUUAGUCUGACCAAGAACCAGCUGGACAACAUGCCUGUUUUAGACAGCAUCAUAAAGGAAGCCAUGCGUCUGUCCAGUGCUUCCAUGAAUGUUCGAAUCGCCAAAGAGGACUUUCUGCUUCACCUGGACAACAAAGAAGCUUAUCACAUCAGGAAAGACGAUGUCAUUGCCUUGUAUCCUCCCAUGGUUCACUUUGAUCCAGAGAUCUAUGAGGAUCCCUAUGAGUACAAGUUUGACCGCUUCCUGGACGAGAACGGUCAAGAGAAAACCACGUUUUACCGUAAUGGCCAGCGGCUGCGUUACUACCACAUGCCCUUUGGCUCCGGGGUCACAAAAUGUCCUGGAAGAUUUUUCGCUGUGUGUGAGAUCAAGCAGUUUCUGACUCUGAUGCUUUCGUAUUUCGACAUGGAGUUAUUAGACCCUGCCAUCAAAGUUCCUCCUUUGGACCAGUCUCGAGCUGGUAUGGGAAUCCUGCAGCCCACCUACGAUGUAGACUUUAGGUACAAGCUGAAACCGAAACACUAGUCUCGGUCUCUGAUGGGCAGAAUCUCUGGAUGAUUUCCUGUAAAUAGUGUACAGUAAAACACCUGAUCGGGUCUGUAAAUAAAGUGAAUAUUUGUUUUGUUUGGUUUAAAUGUGAUGUUAAAGACAUGCUUUGGAUUUUAAAAAAGGUAUGAACCUUUAGAAAUAAUCACAAGUCGUUUUAAAUAAACUUUGGAGUGUUUUACAAAGUGUAACGUUUUAAUAAAAAAAGUAAAAAAUUUGAAGCCUCAAA